AUGAGUCUCCAAUGGGUGGCUAAAUUGCGUUCCCCCAUCCCAUCUCCACCACCCCCCUCCUAUCUCCAGUUCCCCCAUCCCAUCUCCAGCGCCCUCAUCCCAUCUCCAGUUCCCCCAUCCCAUCUCCAGCCCCUCAAUCCCAUCUCCAGCUCCCCCAUCCCAUCUCCAGUUCCCCCAUCCCAUCUCCAGUUCUCCCAUCCCAUCUCCAGUGCCCCCAUCCCAUCUCCAGUUCCCCCAUCCCAUCUCCAGCGCCCCCAUCCCAUCUCCAGCGCCCCCAUCCCAUCUCCAGCAGCCCCAUCCCAUCUCCAGCGCCCCCAUCUCCAGUUCCCCCAUCCCAUCUCCAGCGCCUCCAUCCCAUCUCCAGUUCCCCCAUCCCAUCUCCAGCUCCCCCAUCCUAUCUCCAGUUCCCCCAUCCCAUCUCCAGCUCCCCCAUCCCAUCUCCACCAUCCCAUCUCUAGCAGCCCUAUCCCAUCUCCACCACCCCCAUCAUAUCUCCAGUUCCCCCAUCCUAUCUCCAGUUCCCCCAUCCCAUCUCCAGCGCCCCCAUCCCAUCUCCAGUUCCCCCAUCCCAUCUCCAGUGCCCCCAUCCCAUCUCCAGUUCCCCCAUCCCAUCCCAUCUUCACCAUCCCAUCUCUAGCAGCCCCAUCCCAUCUCCACCACCCCCAUCAUAUCUCCAGUUCCCCCAUCCUAUCUCCAGUUCCCCCAUCCCAUCUCCAGCGCCCCCAUCCCAUCUCCAGUGCCCCCAUCCCAUCUCCAGCGCCCCCAUCCCAUCUCCAGUUCCCCCAUCCCAUCUCCAGCGCCCCCAUCCCAUCUCCAGCAGCCCCAUCCCAUCUCCAGAAACCCCAUCCCAUCCCAUCUCCACCACCCCCAUCCCAUCUCCAGUUCCCCCAUCCCAUCUCCAGCGCCCCCAUCCACAUCUCCACCACCCCCAUCCCAUCUCCAGUUCCCCCUUCCAUCUCCAGAAACCCCAUCCCAUCUCCAGCCCCCCCAUCCUAUCUCCAGUUCCCCCAUCCCAUCUCCAGUUCCCCCAUCCCAUCUCCAGUUCCCCCAUCCCAUCUCCAGCGCCUCCAUCCCAUCUCCAGCGCCCCCAUCCACAUCUCCACCGCCCCAUCCACAUCUCCACCACCCCCAUCCCAUCUCCAGCUCCCCCAUCCCAUCUCCACUCCCCCAUCCCAUCUCCAGCAGCCCCAUCCCAUCUCCAGCAGCCCUAUCCACAUCUUCAGCGCCCCCAUCCACAUCUCCAGCGCCCCCAUCCCAUCUCCAGUUCCCCAUCCCAUCACCAGCGCCCCCAUCCCAUCUCCAGCGCCCCCAUCCCACCUCCAGCGCACUUUCAAAAUUUAG